AUGUCCACCUUAAAUCGUCCGAAAUCUCCCAGAACUCCUACGUCCGGGAGAACUGAUAAGGAGGAGAGCAUCUGGGACAAAAUUGGAACUCUGGGAAGGAAGAAACGCAUAAAGGAAGUGCAAGAAAUCCAAGAGGAAGGCAAGAUUGCGAUCGACUCGCCCGGAAGUCCCAAUGCACCGAUCAUUCCCCCGGAGGAUUACAAUUUGGAGGACAAUGAAUCUCGCUCGAUUAUUCAGCCUGCUUCGUUGCAAAUGCCAAAGGUGAAGGAACUGCUCCAGGUGCUGAUCGAUUGGAUCAACGACGAGCUGGUGGAGGAACGUAUUAUCGUCACCAACAUCGAGGAAGAUUUGUACGACGGCCAGGUACUGCAGAAGCUGUGGGAAAAGCUGUCCAACAACAAACUAAACGUACCGGAAGUAACACAGUCCGCCGAAGGUCAACGCCAGAAGUUGUCAGUAGUGCUGAACGCUGUAAACCAUACUCUUGGCUAUCACCAUAACACUCCGAAGUGGACAGUGGAAAGUAUACACACAAAAAACAUUGUUUCGAUUUUGCAUUUGCUAGUCGCACUGGUACGCCACUACCGCGCACCAAUCCGUCUGCCGGACAAUGUUUUCGUAACGGUGGUAAUGGUACAGAAGCUGAACGGAAAGCUCACCAGCCAACGGUUCCAGGAGCAAAUCACCCAAUCGUACGACGAUGUCGGUAUGCGCUGCGAACCGGACGCAUUCGAUACGCUGUUCGAUCACGCCCCGGACAAGCUGAAGGUGGUGCAACGAUCGUUGAUUUCGUUCGUAAACAAACAUCUGCACAAACUAAACUUCGAAGCAGCCGAUUUGAGCACCGACUUCAAGGAUGGUGUAUUUUUGUGCCUGUUAAUGGGGCUGUUGGGAGGAUUCUUUGUACCGCUGCAUGAUUUCCAUCUAACGCCCAAGGAUGCCGAUCAGAUGACGCACAAUGUGGCGUUCGCGUUCGAGCUGAUGAUGGAUCAGGGACUGAGACCGAAAGCACGACCCGAGGAUAUUGUGAACAUGGAUUUAAAGUCCACCCUGCGAGUGCUGUACACCCUGUUCACGAAGUAUCGCAACAACCCUUGA